AUGUCGAAAGCAAAGGGCGCUGCCGCCGGCGUGGACACCAUCGUCAAACUGAUUGUGGGAGCUGGUCAGGCCAGUCCAAGCCCUCCAGUCGGUCCCGCGCUUGGUAGCAAGGGUGUCAAAUCCAUGGACUUUUGCAAGGAAUUCAAUGCCAGAACAGCACACAUCGUCCCUGGUACACCUAUGCCAUGCCGGGUCACGGUUCGACCUGAUCGGUCCUUUACGUUUGACGUCAGAACACCGCAGACAUCAUGGCUGCUGCUCAAUGCAGUGGGAGCGCCAACGGGCAAGAAGGGAAACAGAAAAGGCGUCAGCAAGCCUGGGCAUGAGACGGUCGGUACCAUCAGCUUAAAGCACAUCUACGAAAUCGCAAAAAUCAAGCAAUCGGAGCUCAGACUGUCUGGCCUGUCGCUGGAGGGGCUAUGCCGGUCUAUCAUUUUCCAGUGCAAAUCAAUAGGAAUUAAUGUGGUGGCGUAA